GUAAAAUGUCCUAUAACACUGGAUUCAUCAGAGAAAAUAUCCUAAAAGUCAUACACAGAGCUAUAUAGCUAGCUAGCUAGAGACAGAGCUGUGUAUGUUUGUUGUACAGCUAUUUUCUUUUGAUACAAUAGAAUCAGUAGCAGUAGUAUAGUAGACUUUCACCAAAUAUAGUGUUAAAUGGGCGUGGCCUGUCCAUAUAGGCUCUUGUCAGCCUUCACUCCGUUCAGACGAUCGUCAUCCACACUGUUGCAGGCUGUGAGUCUUUUGUUAACAUAGCAGGCUAAGGGUAGCUAUUAGAGAAUGCUAUCAGAUGGGCUAGCAACUCAAUCGAACUUUCUAUCUACUUCCUUCAAUCCACUUUCGUUCCUUGUGAUGUCACUGUUUUACUGAGCAUAUACGAUGUUAUCCAGAGCCCCCAGAUACCGGGGGGAUAUUAGCGCAUGCGCAAGCAGUCGAUACCAGGCCCACUUCCCUAAGUGAAGUGGGAAGUGCGGCCUGGGAUCGAGGCUACUCGUAGUAGUGCCUGAAAGUAUGCAUGGUUAAUCAAGUGUUUCAGUCUGCAUGUUUGGCUGUCCACAAUUGUUUCCCCUCCCCUGUGUCAUGCAAUCACCAGUGUACUGUAUCACUGCACUAAUGUUCUCUUCCUUCCAUUUCAUGCAUCUCCACCUCACCUUUGACUGACCCUCUGAAACAACAGGCUCUUGUAAGUUGUGUUUGCACGUGCACACUCAUUUUAAUGGUUACUAUAGGAACUCGUAAAUUGUCUUUGUCUCUUUCCAUAUUGCCAACUUGGUAUUAGCCGAGGCCCACACAACUUAUUAGGUUGUAGUUUUAAUAUUCGUAGAAUAUACACCUAAGUUCAUUAGUUGGUACGUACAUUAUCGUGUUUGUCUCUUCCCAUGCACACACUCAUUCCUAUGUUGGACCACACACUGAUUUGGACUAUUGUAGGAGGGUGCCAUUGAGGUAUGUUGUGAUUGUGUGUGUGUCUCAUGAAGUGCAGGUGUUGUAUUGUACGACAAACAAAAUCAUACGUAUCAAAGUUGUACAUGUAAGAUGCUUGUUGUACCGUUUACCGUCCCUUCCACUGACCCACCCACUGACCCUUCCAUUAUAUGCUAUUGCUAGUACCGAGUACCUGUGUGUGUACUAGCCAGUGUGUGUACUACCAGUGUUCAUAUCACUCUCUCCUCACAUGUACCCUCUGUGGACUGUUACUCAACAACAGAUUGAUAAGGCUGAGUAUGAGAGUGAACUGACUAGUCAUGAGACGAGAAGAGCUGCCCUCCAACAGAGACUGUCUGGUGACAUCACUGACCAGGACGCGGGACAACUGCAGGGAGAGCUGGAGGAGGUGGAGGGGAAGAUCAAGAAGUGUGUCUCAGGGAUACAACGGUCUGAGACGUUCAUACAUCGCUAUGAGAAUGAUAUUGCUGAGAUACGAGGAAGAGGAGAGGAGAGGCAGAGAAAGGAAGAAUCAGCAAAGCGGUUGUUUGAUGAGGCGAUGAAGCACGGAUAUGUCUUGGUCAACAUUGUCAACAUGCUCGUAUUUGGACCGGCGGGAACAGGGAAGACCAACCUCAAGCAUCUGCUAACUGACAAUCCCCCUCCACUACAGCGUGACAGCACUCCUUGUAUGGAAAAGCCAGUACGCAUUCGACCCGUGUCUAACACGAAAUUCAAGUCAACUGGAAAAGGCUGGGAAGAGAUGUCUCAGCCAAAGCUACGCAAGCUACUUGCUCAAAUCAUCACUAAAUUACCAAAAGAAAGCGCCGAUCCAUCCACAGCAUCAAGGGUUGCCGAGAGCUUAAAGAAGAUGACCACAACCAAGCUAAUUUCUGGUUCCGAUGAGCAAAUUUCUGAUUCCAUUUCGAGCCCAUCGACGAACGAUUCCGAUGAACUUUCUGGCUCUACAAGAAUGUUGAACAAAGCCAUCGAUGAAGUGAUAGCGAGUGUAGUGAGUGGUGUGGCAGAAGAGCUGAAGCCAGCCACACAGGGAACUGACCAACUGUCGAGCAGUGACCAGCAAGAAGGAGAACUGUUUGAUUCCAACUGGGUGUACGUUACCGACUGUGGCGGCCAGCCGCAAUUCCACGACAUCAGCCCUCUCUUCAUCAAGCACAUUUCGGUGGCGUUGAUAGUCCUGCGUUUGAUUGACGAACUCUCCAGUUUCCCUUCUGACAAGUACUACAAGGAUGGGCAGCUUGUUGGUAGUCCUCGUGCAUCUCACAUGACCCUCGGGGAGACACUUCAGAGUCUCAUUCGAUCGAUUGAGUCCCAUACCUCACAAGACAAGAAGCCAAGUAUGAUCUUUGUGGGCACAUUCUUGGAUCAACUGGAUGAGAGCUCGGAUACACUUAUCAAGAGGAAUCAAGAGAUUCUCGACAUGCUGCCACCCGAUAUCAAGAAGCUAUUGGUGUACAACGAUCCUGGAUUGAACAAUCUUAUUUUUGGUCUCAACACAAUCAGCCGAGAUGACGAUUCACUGGCCACUGCCAAUAGGAUUAGAAUUGCUGUUGAGGACUCUAUUCCGCUACAAGUCAAAAUGCCCAUCUGGUGGUCCUUCUUGGAUUCACUUCUCCAGAGUUUAUCUGCCAGUCUCGAGCGAGGUGUAUUAAGCAUUGGAGAAUGUCUCCAAUUAGCCACUCGAUUUGGUUAUUUUCUCAAAGAUCUUGAAGCUGCUCUGGUCUUCUUUGACAACGUGUGUAUAGCGCACUACUAUCCCUCCAUUCUCCCCAACACAGUGUUUGUGGAUGCCCAGAUUCCACUAGACAAGAUUACCGAGCUCUCACAGCACGCCAUCUUCCUGAGGAAUGCUGAAGUCAAGUCACGCUCUACUCUAAGCACAGGAAUGACCAAGGCCGAGUGGAAGAGAUUUCGAGAUGAGGGCAUAGUCACUUUAGGGUUCCUUCGAUUCUUUAAAAAGCAUUACGUUGAAGGCAUCUUUUCUCCAGAAGAUAUGCUGUUGAUCAUGAAAGAUCUUCUCGUGAUUGCUCCCAUUCCACUAGUGGAGUCCACUACCCACCAAGCCGAGUUCUUCAUGCCAUCUCUACUCACAUCAAUCCCACCUGCUGAGCUAGACAAGAUUCGUUCCUCCUUCACAAUAUCUCCCUUCGCUAUCUACUUUCGUAGUGGGUGUAUUCGCUCUGGAGUAUUUUGCUGUCUAGUUGUGGACGUGAUCAAGAGGUUGGACUGGAAAGUUUUUCUCCCCUCAGGGAAACUAAUCUGUUUUGCUAAAAAUUGUAUCCAGCUAAGAAUUCCCAAGCACCCGUUUACCGUGGCUCUGAUCGACUCCUUCUCGUAUAUCGAAGUGUACAUUGACGUCCCUUUUCCUUUACGCAAUGAAAUAUGCCCUACGAUUCGCAACGAAAUUUUAAGCAGCAUUAAAUUGUCCUGUAAAGCGUUGCAUUACAACAACGACACACCCGAGACACGCAUCUUUUGCCCAUGCAAGAAGAGCACUGGAAGCAAAUUGCACCUUGCUGAUCUGAGCGAACGGAAGGACUAUUGGAUAUGCUCCCAGGAGGCACGUGUGUAUGGGAAGCUCAGUGACGAACAUAAAAUCUGGCUGGACAAUAGCGAAGGUUCAGGUGAACCAUCCUCUGUUACGAGAGAUGUCACUGAAAGAACGAGUGAUCAGCUGCAAUACCCCGGCCCAUCGUCCCCUGUAGUGGAACCUGCGCGUAAGAAGAUGAGAAUGACUGAUCAACAUACCAGUGAAUUGUCCUCUGUUACAGUAAUGGAAGAUGUGUGUAAGAAGACUGGAGUGAGGGACCAACAACUAGAUCAAGAAAUCCCUGAGAGUGACAUCAUUCUAAUCGCGGAGAAAUUUCCACACCUGCUGAGCGUGCACAAGGUUUUGACAAUUGACGAUCUGCAACAUGUUUACGAGAAACUACACACUGCACAUGAAAGUGCCAGCCCUCACUGGUUGAAUCUGGGAUUGGCUCUAGGUCUCAGUCAUUUCAUUCUCACCAAUAUCGAUACCGGAAAGUAUCGUGGCGAUAAUGUGUCGUGCUUGCGUGAAAUGUUGGUUAAGCUCCUGAGUACGCAAAAUGUAACAUGGAGUCUCCUGUCAGACGCUCUCAAAAAACCCACAGUGGAUCUCAUCAAUUUGGCUGACAGCAUCACAGUCAAUCUAUCCACAACUCCUAACCUGCUCAAUCGAUUCAACCUCACCCCAGCCGACCGUGAUGGUGUAACUGAUAUCACAAGUUGUUAUGGCAAUCAAGCUGGAGUGGCUCAUGCAUUGAGAGCGUGGCAAAAAACAAAUCCUUCCAGAGCUACCUUCAGGGCCUUGGUGGAAAUUGCCAUAGGACUGAGAAGAGGAGACACUGCUACAGACAUUUGUAGAUUCAUUGUAGAGAAUACGAGUUGAACUGACCGAAACUGAUUUAUACAUAACGUUUUUUUGUCUGUAAUGCUUUGCUUUUCUGCACACAUUUUUGGUAGUCUCUGUGAGAA